GAAUGAUAUAAGUUAGUUUCCUCCUAGCAUGUUGAUGGUGAAAUCUCAGGUGUGACGCUGCCUUGUGUAACCCUUAACUGCAUAACUGCCUAAACAUGCUAAAGUCCUUCACAUUUUUUGUGCCAGCACAGCAAAGUGAUGGUACUAUGUAGAAUGUUUUUGUAGUUGCUGUUUUAUUGGACAAUUGUUUUGAUUUUGAAAGUAAUAUGUUAGGUCCACGAUCCACGACAUUCCUCCCAGUUCAGCUCCUAUACAGCUCCCAUGAAGUAUAUGUCCAAAUCAAAACAUCCAUUUACACCUCCCCUGAAUGCUUACUUAUUAAAAUCGUUAAAUACCGAUAAAGAUAAACCAUAACAUUAAAAUGCAAUGGCUUUGGUUCAGAUAUGGGAACAAAUAACGUUUUAUGGGAGACAGGGUACAGUCAACUGCUUCUGACGUUCACUGUUCCACCAUGGGAGGCGCUGUUCUCUUUCUCUCCGGCGUGGGAUUGUGGCAAUAGCGGUGGGAGUGUUUCCAUCUGUCAGCUCUCCUCCUUUUGAUAGCGACAGAUUUCUCUCUAUUCAACUUCUCUGAAAACGCCAGCAGCAGCCCUAUUCUUUUCCUCCCCGUCUUCUGCAGCACUGGCUCGGUCGCCAUCUUCUGCGAUAUAGCUUUAGGCAGCGCUGCCGCUUCUGUUUUAAUAAGCUUGGUAAAUUGCUGGUUGCAUGCACACGUCUUUGCAUUGGGAAAUCAGCGCACGUCCGACAGAGAUCUGCCCGGUUACACAGGUGAAACACCAUUUUCCGCAUUUGGUGGAAAGGAUUGUAUAAGGUAGCUUAGCUAUCUGGACAUCAUCAGCUGGACGGGCCGGCAGCGGGUCAGACUGACAGCGCCUGGAAACGCCUGCUGUGAGACUCCCGGUUCGUCCGUCUGUCUGUCUGUGCCUGUCCCGCUCUCCGCCCCCCCCCCCUCUGGGUGGAGAGAGACCGACGCCGGCCGCCUCGUUUCCCCCCACCCCCCCACCCCCGGACACUGGAGCCCCUCCCUCCCCUGGGAUUAGCACCACUCCCUGAGGACGCCUCGCACCUGGAGCCACUUUCGGGGUGUCCGCCAUGAGCGAGUUCUGGUUGUGCUUCAACUGCUGCAUAGCGGAACAGCCCCAGCCGAAACGGCGGCGGCGCAUCGACCGGAGCAUGAUCGGCGAGCCCACGAAUUUCGUCCACACGGCGCACGUCGGCUCGGGCGACCUCUUCAGCGGGAUGAACUCUGUGAACUCGAUUCAGAACCAAAUGCAGUCGAAGGGCGGGUACGGCGGGGAGGCCAUGCCCGUCAACGUCCAGAUGCAGAUGGUGGACACGAAGGCCGGGUAACCUCUGCAGCGAAUGUUAGCGAGUCACUGAAAUGUGUUUUCUCAUCCUGGACCUUCCGCCUGCCUCCAGCGACUGCCUUCCAUCCUGCCCUGUGAGAACUAAGGGACAAUUUGCCAACCCCCCACACAUAUAAAACACAUACAGACGCACAUGCACACACACACACACACACACACACACACACAUACUGCACAUCCACUCUCAUACACACACAUACACACUCACGUGCACACACACACACACACACACACACUCAUUCCUUGGUGACCACUCUUCAUGCAAACACAUGGACAGUCCUGCGUUCUUCUGGAAGGAGGCCGUCCUCUCUGGACACAUGCUCUUCCUUCGGCUCUCUGAAGACCAGGAAUCAUCUGCAUUCACCUCCUCCCAGACACUCUUUCUUCUCCUCCUGGACUGUCUUUCACUUCCUCCCUGGUUCUCUUUCACCUCCUCCUAGACUUUCACCUCCUCCCAGACUGUCUUUCACCUCCUCCUAGACUCUUUCACCUCCUCCCAGACUGUUUCACCUCCUCCCAGAUUCUUUCACCUUCUCCCUGACUCCUUCACCUCCUCCCAGACUCUUUCACCUCCUCCCAGACUCUCUUUCACCUCCUCCCAGACUCUUUCACCUCCUCCCAGAUUCUUUCACCUUCUCCCUGACUCCUUCACCUCCUCCCAGACUCUUUCACCUCCUCCCAGAUUCUUUCACCUCCUCCCAGACUCUCUUUCACCUUCUCCCUGACUCCUUCACCUCCUCCCAGAUUCUUUCACCUCCUCCCAGACUCUCUUUCACCUUCUCCCUGACUCCUUCACCUCCUCCCAGACUCUUUCACCUCCUCCCAGACUCUCUUUCACCUCCUCCCAGACUCUCUUUCACCUCCUCCCAGAUUCUCGUUCACCUCCUCCAGACUCUCUUUCACCUCCUCCUGGACCCUCUUUCACCUCCUCAAAACAUUUUCAUGCUCCUCAUUUCUGCAAUGCAAGUGUAAACGCUUAUUCUGUCGUUUGCCGUGAGCCGUUUUUUUUUUUUUUUUUCAAUCGUUAAUGUUGAAGGUCUGGAACCUACAAGUACAAACAUUUUUUUUUUUUGUUCCCAUUUGCGAAAGAAUUCUGCUUGUUUGGCGGACGGUUUGGAGGUUGGCCGCGUGUUUGUGAAGAGUGGCUUGCUCCAGCCUAGCGGUGCCAAAUGCUUGUAGCUGCACAUAUUUCCUUCUUUUUUUUCUUGAUUGACAACAAGUACAUUUUGACUUUUGGAAAAAGUAAAUAGUACUCAAUAGGAAAAUGUGAUGGAUACUUUGCUGUUUACGUUGUUCCGGUUCUCAUAAAUAUUAUUUUUUUCCUCAUGAUAAUUACUAGGAUAUAAUGACUGAUGUUGAAAUGACAUGCCUGGCAUUUCACUCAUCGUCCUGCUGUAUAUUUUUUUUCUGUUGACUUGAUUUUAUGAAGCCCGAGUUCUCGUACUUACCCUGUGCAGUAAAAAUGUAGUAAUGUGGUAGUUGCUCGGUACUUGGUGUGGCGCGGGAGAAGAAGAAAAAAAAUCAAUAGAUUAUUCAAUUUUGAUAUCUGUGUUUAAGGUGCAAAUCCAAAUCUUGCAGUCCUCUGGGGAGGAAGCUUGGCCCUAGAGGCCAAGUUUUUUAAACAUUGCACAUUUUACAAUAAGCCUCUUAAAGCAAAGUCACCUUCUGCGUGUGAAAUAUACUCGGAGAAGCCUGUGUGGGUUGCCGCGGUAACGCCACCAUGCAUGAACAAAUGCCAGUGUGAUUACCAUCGACAAAACAGGGUGACUUCCUGCCAUUUUGUUUUGCUGAAAGGACAGGUUGCUCAGGUUGAAGGCGUGUGUAUUUUCCACUUAAAAAUACAUAAUAAAAUACAUUGUGUACAUGAUGUAAUAUUGCACUGUUUUCUAAUGUUAAAAGUAAACGUGUACUGAGACGAAAACAAAAGCUAUAUCAAAUGAAAACGUCUACUAUUAGAUUGUUUAUGGUUUAGGUAGAGUAUUUUAAAAAAGAAAGACCUUUUAACAAGCUGUAAAGAAAUUGUAAAUGUAUUUUGCUGUUCAUGGUACUCUGUACACAGUAUAUUUGAAAAGCAAUUUCAGCUGUAAAAAAAAAAAAAAAAUUCUUGAAACAAAUCGUAGGUUAGCCUACGCAAAAACAAGAUGGCCUCCUCCAGAUGUUUCCUUUUCACAGUUCAGUCUCCCACAAUCCUUUGCUUCUGCUCAGUUGCCACAUCUUGACACUUUUCAGGCUGGUUCUGUAGAGGCCUAUUCUGCCUGACCCGCCAACUUUUCCAUGAGAAAACCAAUAUUUGAGAGGAGGGUGAGUUCAAGGCCAUCACUGAAUCUGGCCAAAAACCACAGAGAAAUCACGUCCGCGUUAGUCCGAACUCGCCCUUUGUCCUUUUUUCCCUCGGUUUCAAAGUGCUUUGUGUUUGUAAAUACUGUGUUGUGUGUGCCACAGCUUGAGGUGUUUUUUAAUUUAUUUUCUUUGUUGAUGUUCAAGUUUUUUUUUUUUUAAUGACUGUUUUGCAUCAAUUGGAUUUUCCAAAGGAGAGAAAGUGGGCUGUUAAGAAGUCAUUAUAAUGUUCUACGAAUCUACGGAAAAAGCACAAGUUAGACAACGAUUGGUAAUGGGACUGCAGGAGGUAUCGGCCAAAGCGUAUUAAUGUUAAUCUGUAAGUGUACGAGUCAUCACUCAGCCAUGUCUCGCCACUAAUGAAUUUCAACAUCAGGGAAUUCACCCACUUUGGUAUAAAUAUUUUAGAUAUUGUUGUUUCGCAUAUCUACUUUUUUUUUUAUUUUUUUUACACACUUUCAUCCUUUUUCAUUCACACCCGGUGUUGGCUUGUAGAUUCCCGAAAGUCCUCUGUUGAAAUAAAUAUUUUUUCCAUGUUAA